AAUUUGAGACAGUAAUUUAAGAAGAAGAAAAUAGUAAAAUAAAUAAAAUGUGUAACUCUGCCAGAAAAAAAGUAAGAGUGGUCGUAUAGUCCAAAUGCAACCACCUAGGUGUGCGCGGUGGCAAAUCCUCUGUUCUCUGCAGGUCUUUAUGUGCACGUGGAUACCUCUGCUACUGCCUCAUCAUGUUUCUGCAUGCACCUAUCCCAUUCCCACUACGACGCUUGGCGUCUUCUCCCGCAAUUUCCAUCUUCCCAACGCAUCCUCUAAUCUAUGUGCUAUACUAAUCGGUCAUGCUUAUUUCCCUAUCCUCAACAAACAAACAAACUCCUUCACGCAAUCUAAAUUUUCUCUGUUUCCUGUCAUGACAUUCUUGGAGUAGCACUUCUGUACCUUCUAGCGUUUUUGAGGAUGGAAGAUCAAAUUGUGGAGGGGAGGGUCGUGGAGCAUACUACUUUAGGAGAGGAGGAGGAAGAAGAUGAAGACGAGGAGGGGGAAGUUAAAGAGAAUAAGAUAAGAUGGAUUGUUAACAAAGGAUUGGGGUUGGGGAAGAAAUUUAUGAUUACAGGUUUUGUAAUCUCUUCCACGCCUGUGGUUCUUCCUCCACUUAUUGUUAUUUCAGCACUCGGGUUCGCAGUUUCGGUACCUUUUGGUCUUGCUUUUGCUGGUUAUACUUGUACUGAGAAGCUUAUGAACACGUUGCUUCCAAGGUCAGAUCCACCUUCAUUGUUGGAGUACGGGGAAUUGUAUGGAGAUGUAGUGGAACAUGAUGAACAAGGAGGAGGGGGGGAAGGUCCUGGUUUUGUUGGAGAAGUGUUGAUGGAAGAGGAGGAAAUGAAGGAAAUGGAGGAUGCAAAAGAAGGGGUUGAAAUGAGGAUUGAGUUGGUGAUAGAGGAGAGCGGUGGUUACGAGGGAGAACCUACUCUAGUUGAAGAUGAUAAAGUCUUCGAAAUAGCAGAGGAAGAAAGAGAGAUCAAUGUAGAUGAGGGUGGUAGAGAGGAAGGAUAUGAAGAAGAUGCUGGUGUAUACUUGGAAGGAGAGAAUGAGGGACCAAUUAGGGAGAAGAUAUUGGAAAUCGAGCAAGGGGGAGAUGCAGAAAAUUGGGAAGUUGAUGAAAAAAAUAAGGGAAGGGAGGAUUUGGAUUUGAUGGCCACAGAAUCCAGGGGAGAAAAUGAGGGUGAAAAAAAUGUUACUUUACCACCAAGUCUGCCAGAGGGGAAUUUGGUUGAAGUAUAUGUAGGAGAUGCAGUGAAGGAAGAUAGCCACACCUUAGAGAGUUCAGGUGGACUUGGUGGAAAUGUGGAUGGUAGAGUUGCACGUCCCGAAGUAGUAGAGAAGCCGUUGGAAAGCAAAGAUGAUAAGGUAGAUAGUCUUGUGAGACAGCUUCAAGGAACAAAAAUUGAAAAAGGACCUGAGGUUGCUUCCAAAGAAAAAGAGAUAAUAGAAGUAACAGACAAACCAAACGCCAGAAAAAGCUCAACGAAACACCAUAAAAAGAAGAAAGCAAAUGAUGGGAAAAAUGUUACAAUAUCAGAGAAAGGGGAGGGGUUCAGCAACAAGCAACAGGAAGAUACUGAUGCGAAAAUGAUGGAGGAGGAGGAAGAAAUGAGAGAUGAAGUUAAUAUGAAGCAAGAAGAGAAGCAUUUACCAGUGAAAAGGGAGACCAAAGAAAGAAGAGACGAAGCCAAUCAAAGUAGUGUUGCCACGAAGGCCAAUAAAGAAGCUGAGAUGGACAAAACUCUGGCUGGGAAAAAAGAUGCAAGAAAUGGCAAGGAUGUUGGGCAAGCUGCAAACUCGACCAAGGAUCCUAAAGUAGCAACCAAUGGAAAGCAUGUUGUAAAAGAUGCUUCUCGUCAAUUAGAAGGCAAGGAUAACCUGGUGGCUGCGGAGGCGGUUCAAGGGAAGGCACCCGAUGUCCAUGGGAACUUUCCUUCUGGAAGAAUAGGGACGACUGAUCAAAAGAAAAAUGCUAAUGCCAGUGGUGUAAAUCAGGUUUUUGUAAGAGCAGGGAUUCCGGAGGCCAAACACGCCAAGGAGUUCUUCAGUGAGGAGAAGAUAUGGGAGAAGAUAAAUGCAAUGAGAACAAUCGUGGGAUACUCGGCAGCACCACAACCUUUUUUGGUAGAUGAACUUAAGGCACUAUACAUCUUUACUGGAGUCGAGCCGUCAUCUACAUUUUGUAACCCGUCCACUUUGGAAGAAGUGAGCGACAAGCUUCAGUUUCUUAUGUCGAUUGUGGGAAUAAAGUGAAUCUAGUUCUUUGUUUGGACUGUAUUUUCUUAUCAUCUCCUUUUGCAUUUGUUAGUUUGUCAAAUUUUACCUUUAUACUGGAUUAGUGUAUGAUUAUGCUAGAAAUUGCACUUUGUUGUAAAAUCGUAUCUUGAAUGUUCUACAUUGAGUUCUUGAGUUCUUGCUCCGUUUAUGAAAAAAUUCUCCUAUGCUUGGA